AUGAAAUCGGGACGUGGUAAAAAAGUAUUACGGAAUUAUCAUGAUCUUUGUGAAGAAAGAAAAAGGGUGAUGAAUGGUCGACUUAUAACUUUUCCCAUUACUACUUGCUUCAGGCAAACUGAAUACAUCCCAUUUCAUAUACCUCAUAAAAGAGUAUAUUGUAAUGAAGUAGAGAAUAUUGAGAAAUCUGCAGAUACAAUUAAAAAAUGUCUUCUCCCUGACAUAGAUGCUAAAAAGUCAAUGGAUAAAACUUUUAAAGAUGUAAUUCCAGGAAGUUCAAAAUCACUAACUCCUGAACCAGAUCCUGAUAGUAUUUUCGGUCCAAUUUUGAAACUUCCACCUAUUAAAAAAAUUACGAAAAAGGCAUCACCACCAAGUGUUCCAAAAAACAAAGCUUUAAAAGGAAGGCUAAAUUUUGGAAAAGUUCUCGAAGCAAUGAAGAAGGACAAAAGUAAUGCUUUUUAUUAUCUAAAAUCAAGUUUUCCCAAAGAAUCCCUGAAGUAUUCUCCAUUUGAUUAUAUGGUGGUUGAUUAUGAAGAGUGCAAUCCUAACGACUAUCACACUCUUAGCAGAGACGGGAUAAUGCAUCACAUUAAAGGAGUUGCAAUAUUCAAAUCUUUCGACCAUUUGGAAAUGGCUUAUAAAAAGUAUAAUUAUAUGAGAAAUAUUGAAUUAUUCCAAAAAUGUCUGUGUUUUAAGUUAUUCAGACAGUGGAAAAAAUACAUUGGCCUGCUUAAAAUACAGACAAGGGUUGCAGAACUUGAUGAAACAUCUUUGUUCAAGCAUGAAGAGCUGAGGAAUGUUAUAUUUGAUGCAAAGAGCUUGUGUUUUUCUCUUUCUCGGCUCUCAUUUUUUGAUGAAACUGCCAUUGAACUACUAACAUUAGAAGAUUUUUAUGAUAGACAGCUUUCUAAGAAUGAAGAAGUUAUGAAUAAACUCAGAGAAGCUUGGUUUUUACUUAGAGAAAUGUUAAAAUUGGCUUGUUACUCCAAUUUAAAAAAUAACGGUUUCUCACUUGAAACUAAAGAACGACAAAAAACAGCAAAUGAAACUCUUCAGGCUGUAAUGACUGGUGCAUUACUGAUUGAUUCAAAGCCUGCUUAUGAGCAUUAUAGGAAAAAACAAGAAUGUAUUAGCAUUUCUAAGACUAUAAGAAUGGUUGAAUACUUGGUACAUUCUAUGCUUCAUUGUCUACUUAAAAAUUCUAUAGAAUGUUUGAAUGCUACAUUGAAAAAACAUACUUGCUAUUUGUAUGAAAAAUUUCUUGAUUCACAAUGGGAAUUAGAUGAGCCUCUAAGUAAACCAAGAAAAUCAAAACCUAUGAAUCCAAUGUUUAUAAUUGACCUUCAACCAAAUGAAGAUCUUACUAAAUUAGUAUUUGAGCCCCUCCCUUCGGAAUGGGUUAUAGCUUUUGAAGGUAUCUUGGAAUUAUGGAUAAAGAGUGUUGAAAGUUUUGAGCCAUUUUCAGAAGAUGACAUUUAUAACCCAUUCAUAAGGCCGAUCAUAGGUGGAAUUCAAGAAUUAUCAUUGAUUGGCCCUGCACCUAAAUUACAUCAUCUGCUCAAAAAUGAUUAUAUUUUGGAAGCGUUAGAAGAACAUAUAGUUCUGGUUAUAAGAAGAAACAUACAAAUGGUCGAACACUUUAUUGGUAGGUUGCAAGAAUUUGCCAUGUUUUAUAAGAUGAAUGUUGAAUUAGAACCGGACAAUAUAAGAGCUGAGAGAGACAUAAGUAAAUUUCGCUUUUGGCUUAGAGAUUACGAAGGCAAACUUCAUAAAUUAAACAAACUCCUUACUGAACAGGACAUUGGUUUAUUUCUUUUAACUAUGAAUAAUUUCAAAAAAAUGUGUAUUCCUAUUUGCCAAUAUAUGCAAGGUGUAUUGAAAACUGCUCUUCCAGAGAUAACUACAGAUAUGCUCAAUCUCAAAAUGAGCUUGAUUACAAAAAUUUUAAAUAUUCUUAAAAAUGAGCCAAAGACUGCUCAGGGUUUUGUUGAGCUAAUGGAGGUUAUUCGAAGGCAUCAUGCGAGGGAAGAAAAUUUUGAAGAAACUAUUCAGUAUGUCAGAGAUGUAUUUAAUAUGACUCCAGAAUUUGACUUAGUUUUCUUACCUGAAGACGUCAUUCAAACAUAUAUGGAUAUAUGUGAUAACGUUACUGAGAUCUACAAAUUAGCUGAUAAUUUGAAUGACAAUGAAAGGGAUAUUAUGGGAAAGUUUUUGAAAAAAGUUGAAGCUGAAGAAAAUGAAUUGAGAGAAAACAUUGAACGCCUUAAAAAAGAAGCCGAGGAUCCAAGUUUUCUUAGCCUCAAAACUGAUCUGAUUGAUAUCGAAAUUGGCUUGCAAGAUUUAUUGGAUAAAAUGCAAGAGCAAGCGCAAUUACUCAAUAAAUGUAGGGAAUGUCGAAAAGCAUUAAAGGUUGCAAUUGAAAGAUAUGAGUUUCUAGAUGAAGCGAUCACACAAGUUAAAUUAAAACAACGUUUAUGGGAAAAUGUGGUGCAAUGGGAUGACAUUGUUAAUGAAUGGAUAAAUGCAAAUUUUGAAACGUUGAAUGGUGAUGAAAUACAGCAAACCAUUGGUAAAUACCUAAAAAAUCUUAUACAAUUUGAGAAAAACUUUCCACCAAACGCAGUUGUUCCAAAAUUACGGGAAAAAGUAGAAACUAUGAAGGAUAAGAUUCCUGUAAUUAAUAAUUUGUUAAAUCCCAAUAUAAAACGAAGGCAUUGGCUAUUGCUAGAAAAAGUAUUAAAUUGUAAAUUUUCACAAGAUGAGGUAAAAACGUUAAAGAAAUUAGAUGAGCUGGGAAUAUUUAAUUUCCCAGAAAUUAUUGCGGAUUUAUCUGCUCAAGCUAGUUCAGAAUCAGCUCUGGAAGGACUUUUGAAAAAGGUUGAAGAUGCCUGGAAAUCACUUGAGUUUACCGUUGUACCAUAUAAGGAUUCAAAAGAUGUUUAUAUGCUGAGUGCAUUAGAUGAAAUUAAUGCUAUCCUUGAUGAAACUCAUAUAAAUUUAAGUACUAUUUCCAGUUCUAGAAGUGUUGGACCGAUAAAACCAAAAGUUGAUGAGUGGAAUGAAAAAGUGGAACUAUUUUCAAAAACUUUGGAAGAAUGGUCAAAUUGUCAAACUAAUUGGUUAUAUUUAGAACCUAUUUUUUCUGCACCAGAUAUCCAGAGACAAUUGCCUAACGAGGCUAAGAUGUUUCUUGUUGUAGACAAAUCAUAUAAAACUAUAAUGAGAAAUACUUAUAAGAAUCCUUCUGCUAUGCCUGCAUGCACUGUUCCUGGACUUUUUGAAGAAUUGCAAAAGGAUAACUCGUUAUUAGAAGAAAUUCUAAAAUGUCUGGAAGCUUAUCUGGAGUGUAAACGUGUUAUUUUCCCAAGAUUCUAUUUUUUGUCAAAUGAAGAAUUGAUUGAAAUACUUGCCCAAACUAGAAACCCCCAUGCUGUGCAGCCAUUUUUGAAUAAAUGUUUUGAUGCUAUGGCAAAAAUAGAAUUUUGUAGUAAACUGGUGCUGUCUGAAGGAGCUGAAUUAAUAAAUGAUGCUUUGAGCUUUACAUCCAUUCCAGAAAGUUCUGAAGUUGUUAUGACUAAUGAUAUAAGAGCCAUGAUUUCUUCUGAAGGUGAAAAGGUCAAAUUUGUAAAGAGAUUGAAAGCACAAGGAAAUGUUGAAGAUUGGUUAGGAAAAGUGGAAGAUGCCAUGUUUUCAUCAUUAUAUCGAUUAAUGAAAUUAGCUCUUGAUGACUUUCAUACCAAGAAAAGAACUGAUUGGGUUUUAUGUCAUGCAUCACAGAUAAUACUAGCUGUUUCUCAAAUUAUGUGGGCUAGAAACGUUCAUUUAAUACUGAAUCCUAGUAAUGAAGAUAUAUUGAGAGGUGUAAUGAAUUUUGAAAAGAAAUGUUUUGGUGAUUUAAAUGAUUUAGCAUCGCUUGUUCGAGGAAAUUUGAAGUCUAUUCAUCGUACUACGUUAGGAGCAUUAAUCACUAUUGAUGUUCAUGCGAGAGAUAUCAUCAGUGGCCUUGUACAAAUGAAAGUUGAUAAUAGCAAUAGUUUUGAUUGGGUGAAACAGUUAAGAUAUUAUUGGGACCAGGCCAUUGAUACUUGUGUUGCUUGCAUGGCUAGUGCAAGGCAUGUCUAUGGUUUUGAGUAUCUUGGAGUUACAGCGAGAUUAGUUAUUACACCAUUAACAGACAAGUGUUACCUUUGCCUUAUGGGGGCUUUGCAAUUGGAUUUAGGAGGUGCUCCAGCUGGACCUGCUGGGACAGGAAAAACUGAAACAACCAAAGAUCUAGCGAAAGCGUUAGCUAUCCAAUGCGUUGUUUUUAAUUGCUCUGAACAAAUUGAUUAUAAGAUGAUGGGUAGAUUUUUUUCUGGUCUGGCUCAGUGUGGAGCUUGGUGCUGCUUUGAUGAAUUUAAUCGAAUUGAUAUCGAGGUUCUGUCUGUCAUAGCUCAACAAUUAAUAACUAUACGAAAUGCUAAAGCAGCUAAGCAGAGUAGGUUUAUGUUUGAGGGCCGUGAGAUCAAACUCAUUCCACAAUGUGCCACAUUUAUAACUAUGAACCCAGGUUACGCUGGAAGAACGGAACUUCCUGAUAAUUUAAAAUCUGUUUUUCGUCCUUUUGCCAUGAUGGUUCCCGACUAUGGUCUUAUUGCUGAAGUGAGCCUUUAUUCAGAAGGGUUCGAAUCAUCUAAAGGAUUAGCUCAAAAGAUGGUUAAUAUGUAUAAGCUCUGCAGUGAACAGUUGUCUCAACAAGAUCAUUAUGAUUUUGGAAUGAGGGCUGUCAAAAGUGUUCUUGUAAUGGCUGGGUCUUUGAAGCGACAAAAUCCUGAUGUGAGGGAAGACAUUGUCCUAAUUAGAGCUUUACGAGAUUCAAAUCUCCCAAAAUUUCUUGCUGAUGAUGCUGUGUUGUUUAAGGGAAUUUUAAAUGAUUUGUUUCCUGGUGUCACUUUGCCUGAGCAUGAUUAUGGGUACUUUCAAAAAGCAAUGGAAACUGUUGUGAAAAAUAGAGGUCUCCAACCUGUUCAAUGCACAUAUACCAAAACAAUUCAACUCUAUGAAACAAUGCUUGUAAGACAUGGUGUAAUGACAGUGGGUCCUACAGGAGGUGGAAAAACUACUGUUUUAAAUGUCUUGAAAGAUACUCUCGCAACAUUGCACCAACUAAAAAUUGAAGGACCUUAUUAUAGACCUGUACUUAUUAACACAUUGAACCCUAAAGCAGUUGCCAUGGGAGAACUGUAUGGGGAAGUGAAUCUUUCGACAAUGGAAUGGAAAGAUGGCUUGUUAGGAAUUUUUGUUAGGAAAGCUGUCAGGUGCACUGAAGAAAUUCACCAAUGGGUGGUUUGUGAUGGACCAGUAGAUGCAGUUUGGAUUGAAAAUAUGAAUACUGUACUAGAUGACAAUAAAAUGUUAUGCCUUGCUAAUUCUGAGAGAAUUAAAUUAACACCCUGGGUUCAUAUGCUUUUUGAAGUGCAAGAUUUAUCGCAAGCUUCUCCAGCAACGGUUUCACGCUGUGGUAUGGUUUAUAUUGAUCCAAAUGAAUUGAGGUGGAUGCCUUAUAUGUUGACAUGGGCUCAAAAUCUUUUAGCUAAGGGAGUUAUAGAUGAAAAUAUGUUUCAAGUACUUACCAGCACUUUUGAAAAAUAUGUAGAUAGUGGUUUUGAUUUUGUUAAGAAACAUUGCAUUGUGGGAAUUCAUCAGGUUGAAAUCAGCAAGAUUGCUAUGCUGUGUUCAAUGAUGCAAAGUAUUUUAAAAAAUCCAAAACUAUGGACAACAAAAGAAGAUUCUGAAAUCAGAAAAGUCAUUUCUGAAAGUUUUCUUUUUGCCUAUGUAUGGUCUAUUGGGGGAAACUUAGUUGAGAGUUCAAGAGAGCCAUACAGCCAAUUUAUUAAAUCCCAAUUUGAAAAAGUUAAAGAUGUCAGAUUACCUCAAUUUGGUUCAAUAUGGGAUAUGUAUUUUUCAAUAGAGCAAACAAUGUUAAGAAAUUGGACCAGUAUUAUGCCACAGUUCAAAUACAAUCCAGAUGUUCGAUUUUUCGAUAUGUUGGUUCCUACAAUGGAUACAGUGUGCUUUGGAUUUAUUAUGGAAAUGCUACUUCAGGAAAAUCACCCAGUAUUUUUUACUGGAACAACAGGCGUCGGAAAAUCUGUCAUUGCUAAAGCAGUAUUGGACACAAUGAGUGCUAAAGGAACUUGGGUCGUUAAUAUAUUAAAUUUUUCUGCUCAAACUUCAUCUCUUCGUACGCAAGAAAUGAUAGAGUUAAAGAUGGAAAAAAAGAAAAGAACUAUGCUGGGACCUCCAUUUGGAAAAAAACUAGCACUUUUUGUUGAUGAUGUAAAUAUGCCAAAACUUGAAACCUAUGGUGCUCAGGCACCUGUGGAAUUACUAAGACAGUUCCUCGAUUUCAAAGGCCUUUAUGACAGAGAAAAACUAUUUUGGAAGGACUAUGAGGGUAUGGUACUUUGUUGCGCUUGCGCACCCCCGGGAGGUGGCAGAAACCCAUUAACACCUCGUUACGUUCGGCAUUUUGGAAUGUUGUACAUUCCUGCUCCAUCGACUGUAGCCCUAAAGAUUAUAUUCUCGAGCAUAUUGAAAGGAUUUUUUCAUGAAUUUUCUAAAUCCAUUUUUGAAGUUGCCGAUGAACUGGUUAAUGCAGCUGUUCUGCUAUAUCAAAAAAUAGCUAUUGACUUACUUCCAACUCCAGCUAAGUCACAUUAUGUGUUUAAUUUAAGAGAUCUGAGUAAAUGUAUUCAAGGAGUACUUCAAGCUGAUAGUGGAACAAUGAGAGAAAAGAAUGAAGUGUUCAGACUAUUUUUUCAUGAAUGCUUAAGAACAUUCCAUGACCGUUUAAUUGAUAACAAAGAUAAAAGCUACUUUUGGUUUCUGCUAAGAGAUAUUUGUAGUAAGUAUUUAUCAGACCCAGUUGUCAGCCUUCCAGAAGGUGGUGGUGAAUUAAAAACACCUCCAGUUUUACUAUUUGGCGAUUUUAUGAAUCCUACUGCUGAAAAAAAGGAUAGAAUAUACGAAGAAAUUAGAAGUGUUGAAAAAUUGAAAGCCAUAUUACAGGACACUCUUGUUGAUUACAAUUUAAUUAAAGCCCAAGAUGUUAAAUUAAUUUUCUUCACCGAUGCUAUGGAGCAUAUUUGCCGACUGGCUCGUAUAUUAAGAGCUGAACGAGGAAAUGGAUUGCUGGUAGGAGUUGGAGGAAUGGGAAAACAGUCCUUAACAAAAUUGGGAUCACAUUUAAAUCUCUGCAAUUGUUUUCAAAUAGAACUCACGAGAACAUAUGAUUACAAUUCUUUUCACGAAGAUCUUCGUAAAUUAUAUUUCAAUGCUGGAGCUUUGAAUCAGGAUAUGGUUUUUCUUUUUACUGAUACUCAGAUUGUGGUAGAAGAAUUUUUGGAAGAUAUUAACAAUAUUUUAAAUUCAGGAGAAGUACCUAAUUUAUUUGAAGGUGAUGACUUAGAAAAAUGUAUAAUUGCUUGUCGUCCACAUGCAAAAGCUGCAGGAAUUGCUGAAAGUAACAGGGAUGGCAUUUUUACUUUUUUCAUUCAAAAAGUGCGAAUGUCCCUGCAUGUUGUUCUGUGUAUGAGCCCUGUUGGAGAUGCAUUUAGGAGGCGUUGUAGAAUGUUUCCAUCCUUGGUGAACUGUUGCACAAUUGACUGGUUUAUGCCUUGGCCACAAGAAGCCUUAAUAUCAGUCGCUGAGGACUCUUUGAAGCAGUGUGUUGAUUCAAAACUAGUUGAUAAAAUGUCCUCUACUUGUUAUGUAAUGCAUUCUAGUGUUGAGGCAAUGACUGGUAGAUUUUAUAAUGAAAUGAAACGGCAUUAUUAUGUAACACCUAGCAGCUACCUAGAUUUGCUUAAAUUGUAUCAAAAAAUGUUAGAGUCCAGGAAAAAACACAUUACUCAAACAAAAGAUAGAAUUAAUAAUGGUUUAACGAAAUUAUUUGAAACCAAUGAUUUAGUUGCUUAUAUGAAGGUCGAGUUAGCAAAAUUAACACCUUUAUUAGCCAAGAAAAAUGAAGAAACAUCAAAACUGGUUGAAAAGUUAAUUACGGAAAAAGCAGCAGCUGAUGAAGUACGGACGGUUGUCUUAGCUGAUGAAGCAUUGGCCAAGGAAAAAGCAGGGGAGUGCCAAUUGUUAAAAGAUGAUGCUCAAGCUGAUUUAGACCUAGCCCUUCCAGCAAUGGACGCGGCUGUAAAAGCUCUUGAAGCAUUAAAUAAAAAUGAUAUCACUGAGGUCCGUGUUUUCAUAAAGCCACCUUAUCUGGUGAAGUUUGUAAUGGAAGCUGUAUGUUUACUGCUCGGAACUAAGCAAGACUGGGCGUCAGCCAAAGUAGUCUUAGGAGACGGUAACUUUUUGAGGAGACUUCAAGAAUAUGACAAAGAUAACAUUCCUGAUGUUCUGUUGAAAAAACUCAAAAAGUACAUUGAAGAUCCUCAAUUCGUCCCUGAUUUAGUUGCUUCAACUUCCAAAGCAUGCAAAUCUCUGUGCUUGUGGGUCAGAGCUAUUGACAAAUAUGCUAAAAUAUAUAGGAUCGUUGAACCAAAAAGAAAAAAGCUCCAAGCAGCUGAAACUGAGUUAAAUGCUAUUAUGUCCAUUUUACGAGCAAAACAAGCUCGGUUGGCAGACGUUGAAGCUCAAAUCGCCAAGCUGGAAGAGACAUAUGAUGCAAAUCUUAAAGAAAAGGCAAAACUUGAGUACACAUUAGAACUUUGCAAUACUAGAAUGAAUAGAGCUGGAAGAUUGACUUCGGCUCUGGCAGAUGAACAAGAAAGAUGGGAGAGUGGUGUGAAGGGUCUAACUAAUGAAUUCAACAAUCUGAUUGGAGACGUGCUAGUGGCUGCUGCAUGUGUGGCAUAUCUUGGAGCUUUUACAAAUAAUUAUAGGGAAGAAUUAAGUUCAUUGUGGCUUUCAGAGAUAAAAAGAUUGAAGAUACCUGCCUCGGCUACCUUUAGUUUGAUUCAAGUUCUUGCUGAUCCGUAUGAAAUUCGAAUUUGGAAUACAUGUGGACUACCAAGAGAUAAAGUUUCUACUGAAAAUGGUAUUUAUGUUACUAGAGCUAGCCGAUGGCCUUUAAUGAUUGAUCCACAAGAACAAGCCAAUAGGUGGAUUCGACAGAUGGAAGUAGACAAUAAUCUUAAAAUGAUCAAAAUGACUGACUCGAACUUUAUGAGGAUUCUUGAAAGUUGCAUCAGGUUGGGUUUGCCAAUGCUUAUAUGGGAGGUUGGAGAGCUAUUGGAUCCUACUCUUCGACCUGUUUUGACUAAAUCCGUAUUUUAUCAGGCUGGGCGCUGGUUGAUUCGUCUUGGAGACUCAGAUGUUGAAUAUGACCAAAACUUUAGGUUGUAUGUUACAACUAAAUUGGCAAAUCCUCAUUAUUUGCCAGAAAUUUGUAUUCAAGUUACACUAGUUAAUUUCACUGUCACUCCAAGUGGUUUAGAAGAUCAACUGCUUGGGGAUGUUGUACGUAUUGAGAGACCAGACCUUGAAAAACAGAGAAAUGAGUUGAUUGUUCGUAUAAAUAAGGAUAAAACACAAUUGAAAGCAAUUGAAGAUAAAAUUCUAAAAAUGUUAUUUGCUUCUGAAGGGAAUAUCUUAGAUGACGAAGAAUUAGUUGAAACCUUAAAUGAAAGUAAAGAAACUUCUGCUGUGAUAACAGCACGUUUAGAGGAAACGGAAGAAACUGAAGCAAAGAUAACUAUUGCCCGUGAAGGUUACAGAUUGGUUGCCGAAAGAGGUUCUGUUUUAUAUUUUGUUGUCGCUGUAUUAGCUGAAAUUGAUCCAAUGUACCAAUAUUCACUAAAGUACUUUAAAAUGAUUUUUAAUAAUAUUAUUGAAACAACACCUCCAUCUCCUACCCUAGAAGAAAGAUUGAAUUCAUUAAUGAACGAAAUUACAGUAGCUAUUUACAAUAAUGUUUCCCGCGGUUUAUUUGAAAAAGAUAAAUUGGUUUAUAGUUUUAUGCUAUGUGCUUGUAUUCUUUUGAAGGCUCAAGUCAUUAAGGAAUCUCAUUGGUACUUUUUAUUAAGAGGUCCUGUUGGAACCACUAAGUUUACAAAACCUAAACCUGAUUUACCUAGCCUGACAGAUAUGAACUGGCGAUGUUGUUUAUUCCUAGAAGAGUUGGACCCAGCUUUCAAUGACUUCAGUUUGUGUGUCUCUGAAAUAGUACAUGUUGAAAUAGGCAACUUUUCUCUGGAUAUCUCUCAUGGUGGACCAGGUAGUAAACACUCUAAAAUAGAUUGGAAUGAUAAAUUGGAUUUGUUUAACAAACUGCUAGUUUUGAAAGCUUUAAAGGAAGAAAAGGUUAUUUUUGCUGUAACAGAGUACGUAAAAGUGAUGCUUGGACAGGCCUUUGUUGAGAGUCCCUUGAUUAGUCUUCAUAUUUUGUACGCUGACACCAGCAACAUCACCCCUCUAGUAUUUGUUUUAAGUACUGGCUCUGAUCCUGUUAGUGCUUUCUUGAGGUUCGCAACUGAAACUGGUAAUAAGGAGAGGAUCAAUUCUAUAUCUUUGGGUCAGGGGCAAGGACCAAUAGCACACAAAAUGAUAGAAAGGGGAAAACGUCGUGGUGAAUGGAUAUUUCUGCAGAAUUGUCAUUUGGCUUCUUCAUGGAUGCUUACCAUGGAAAAAAUUAUUAUAGAAAUUCAAGACAACCCAUCAGAAGUGAACAAUGACUUUCGACUGUUCUUGAGCUCAAUGCCUUCAAGAUCUUUUCCAGUGUCAGUUUUACAAAAUUCUGUAAAAGUGACUAAUGAACCACCAAAAGGUAUUAGAGCUAAUUUGAAAAGAGCAUUUACAGAAAUUCAGGAAGACUUUUUUAAUGACCAUCCUCUGGGACCAAAAUGGAGAAAAAUGAUAUUUGGAAUCUGUUUCUUUCAUGCCGUCAUUCUUGAAAGAAAAAAGUUUGGACCUUUAGGAUGGAAUAUAAUGUACGAAUUCAGCGAUAGUGAUCGUGAAUGUGCUUUAUUAAAUCUCAAUUUAUUUAGUCCAAAAGAAACCAAUGGUCGUGUACCAUGGGAUGCAUUACAAUACAUUACAGGUGAAAUAACAUAUGGAGGAAGGGUUACUGAUUUUUGGGAUCAGAGAACUCUAAAGACCAUCCUUAAAACAUUUUUCUCUCCUAUCAUUUUUGAACACAAUUAUAAAUAUUCAGAAUCGGGUACUUACUAUUGUCCAGAAAGUGAAACAAUAUUUAUUUUGCUAAAUUAUCAAGAUUUUAUUGAAAAUUUACCAUUGAUCGAGGAGCCCGAAAUAUUUGGAAUGCAUGAGAAUGCGAAUAUAGCAUUUCAGACCAAGGAAACAAGCCAUAUUCUAACUACUGUCAUGCAAGUACAAAUCAAACAGUCCGCUGGUGUUGAAGGACAAUCAAGUGAUGAUAUUGUUUUUGAACUCGCAGAUAAUAUUAUAAAUAGAAUCAUGACAAAAAUAAGUACUGAUAAGAUGUUUCCCAAUCACACUGUGCUCGAUAGAAAAGGGAGGGUACCAUCUUUAACUACUGUAUUGAUACAGGAAGUUGAUCGUUUUAAUAAAAUGUUAAGAGCAAUGCAUUCUUCUAUCAUUGAUUUAAAAAAAGCAAUUAAGGGUUUUGUUGUCAUGUCUGAUUCUUUGGAAGAAGUAUAUACUGCAUUUAUGAGCAAUAUGGUACCGAAAUUGUGGGGAAAAAGUUCUUAUCCUUCCUUAAAAACUCUUGGUAGUUGGAUAAGAGAUCUGGAAUUAAGAAUCGAUUUUAUACAGAUGUGGGUUACAUCUGGUUCGCCGCCAUCAUUUUGGAUUUCAGGAUUCUUUUUCCCACAAGGUUUUAUGACUGGUGUCCUUCAAACCUAUUCUCGAAAGUAUGAUUUUCCAAUCGAUGAGCUAAAAAUUGAUUUCAGCGUUCAAAGAAUUACUUUAUUUCAAGAAGAUAUUUACCAGUAUCAUCAAUCAACAGGAAAAGACACACCUGAACCCUAUCAGCAUAUUGAGGAACCUACUGAUGGGAUUCACGUUCAUGGACUUUUUUUGGAUGCUGCUAGGUUUGACAUAGAAGCUAUGCUACUUGCAGAUCCUUUUCAAGGCGAAUUGAACCCUCCACUACCAAUACUAACCCUGCUGCCUAUUUCGAUGGCUCCUAGCAAAAUAAACAGAUAUGAGUGCCCACUUUACAAAACAUCUGUGCGUGCUGGAGUCCUGUCGACAACAGGGCAUAGUACUAACUUUGUAAUCGCUGUCUUGUUGCCCACGGAUAAGGAUGGUAGCUAUUGGAUUAUGAAGGGAACCGCUCUUUUAACACAAAUCACUGAUUAAUAUUUGGCUGUCUGGCUUGAAUAAACUAUUUUAUUUGGCUUUUAAAAUUUAUUUGUUCUGUCUGUGGUGAGUUCUAGAAAUUAUAGAAAUAUAUUACAUUUUUCUAACUCUUGUUCAAAGGUAACAGAAGUUUUGGAAACUACAGUGUUAUUGUUUUUUAGAUUUUAUAUAUUUUUAAAAUAAAUGAUUUUUUU